UCUUCCCUCAUCCGACUAUCAGCUUCUCCCCACCUGCACUUCUGCACACCUAGACCUGCACUCGAACAAGCUACAACAGCUCCAGGCUCGUUCAAAAUCAUCUACUGCAGAAGAAUGGCGUUCCGUGUGUGUUCGGUGCUGUUGGCUCUCGUCAUGGCAGUCGCCGCCUCCGCCGAAACCCUCAUCCCGUUGUGCGUGGUCAGCGCCGACUCGUCGUUCGAGACCCUCCACGCGACGGCGGCCGAGGCGGAGAACUACCCGGACGCCCUGGAGGGCCCCUGCAACGAGUUCCUCGGCCAGCUGUGCGACGACAGCCUCAAGUGCACCAUGGACUUCGACUACGAGGAGGUGAAGUGCCUGCCCGAGCCCAGGGAGGUGAUGGACAGCUGCGUCGAGACGACUGAAUGAUGAGGCUGGCAGGGGUUAGGCUUGGAGGGCCCGGAAGGACGGACGGAGGGGGCGCGAAUGGAGCCAUGUUUGGGAGGGAGGGAGGGCGGGGCCCGCCGAGCGUGGCGACGGGUCGGCGCAGCUCGCUCGACUACCGGAAGUGUUCCGCCCUCUUGUCGAGGCUCUGCUGGUAUAGAAAGAUGGUACAACCCGCGGGGCGUGGGUCGCUUCGAUCGGAGCAGUAGCGUAUGGUGUGUGACAAUAGCUGUCUUCUUACAAAAGCUUUGUGCGAGAGUAUAGGCACAGAGGACGCAGGGGCCUGUUUUGUUUUUGUACGAUAUUCACC